CUCACGAAGCGCUUCGUGGCCCUGAUCAAGGACGCGCCCGGCGGGAUCUUGGACCUGAACCAGGCGGCGACGCAGCUGGAGGUGCAGAAGCGGCGCAUCUACGACAUCACGAACGUGCUCGAGGGCAUCGGCCUCAUCGAGAAGCGCACGAAGAACAACAUCGCGUGGAAGGGCUCCGGCGUCGCGCCGACGGACGCCGACGCCGCGACUUUAGCCGAGGUCCGCGCGGACGGCGCGCGGCUCGCGCGCGAGGAGGCGGCGCUGGACCGCUGCGUCGAGCACCUGCAGCGCGCGCGGUCCGACUUCCAGCGGCUCCACGCCGACGAGCUCAAGGUGACGCACGCGGACCUGCGGACGAUCCCGGGCCUGGCGCGCGAGACGGUCGUCGCGCUCCGCGCGCCGCCGGGCACGGUGCUCGAGGUGCCGGACCUGGACGACGGCAUGGAGGGCAGCGGGUCCCGGCGCUACCAGCUCCAGCUCCGGUCG